AUGUUGGCCUUCGCCGCCGUUAUCUUCUCCCCCGCUCCCGGCGCGCUCCACGGUAGAACAAUCCGCUUCCCUUCUGUCUCCCGCCCAACCCUCGCUGGAUGCGUUAAGAAAACCACCCCCGAACCAGCCCGGUCUGUCUUGUCCUCACCGCGACCCGCGCGCUCCAGCCGACGGCCAUGGGUGCCACGGUGCCUCCGCGCGCUCGCCGCCACUGCCGCCGCUCUCGUGCUCGUGCUCUGUCCUCCGGAUAUCAUCCCUGCCCAUGCCUCCUCCGUCGGCGAGCGUCUGAAGCUGAGUACCCCGUAUCCCUGCGAAGACGUCAGGAGCUAUUACGGGGGCCUGGAGGGCCUGUCCGGUGAGGUGCUGAUGGCGAAGCUCGGCGCCGUCGUCUCGCCUCACGCCUCACUGCGCUACAAAGAUGUGUGGGAGGCGCUCAAGAUUCUGGAUGCAGCUGAUGCAGACCACCCAGAAGCGUCCUCUGAAGUCAUCGAGAUAUACUCACAGAGAGCUGUGCCGAAGAUCUUAGCAGGCAAGCCGGAUGGAUGGAACAGAGAACACCUCUGGCCGCGAUCAUACGGGCUAACCCGCCGUCCUUCUCUAACCGAUCUGCACAACAUUCGUCCUGCGGAUGCUAAUGUGAAUUCGUCCAGGGGAAACAAGUAUUAUGGAGGAUGUGCUACGACGUCAAAAAAAUGUUCGAGGCCAGCAAAUCGUGAAGCUGCACCUGACACUGAAACAGACAGUGAAAGAUGGGCACCCCCUUUUCAGGUGCGUGGAGAUGUAGCUAGGUCCCUGAUGUACAUGGCCGUGAGCUAUGGAUCUGGACAGAAAGAUGCAGCUCCACAUUUGGAACUUUCGGAUUCGCCAAGUAUUCAAAGGAGGAGGAUGGGUCUCCUUUCAGCUCUUAUACAAUGGAAUGAACUAGAUCCACCAUCGAGAUCAGAGCAACGUCGGAAUGAUAGAGUUUGUAGCCUUUACCAGCACAACCGAAAUCCUUUUGUCGAUCAUCCAGAGUAUGCUAAUCUUGUAUGGAGGAACACACCUAGCAAAAUUCCAAGUGUGAUGGAAAAAGUAGUGAAAGGCUUGGGUCAGUGA